UUGCAGCCCGGAGGAACAACGCGCAGCAGGUGCCUGGGAGCUGGCAUGGCACAGCCCAAUGCACCCCCCUAUGAUGACAAGAACCCCCUUUAUCCCCCACCCCCAGCAGGGUACCCCCAGCCCCCCCACUAUGCUGGGGGGUACCCACAGCCUGGGGGAUAUCCUGCAGCAGGGGGCUACCCAGCAGCAGGGGGUUAUGCACAUCCAGGGGGCUACCCAGCAGCAGGGGGACACCCCCAUCCAGGAAUGGCCAUGCCCACCAUGCCAGUUCGUUUUGGCGAUGGCAUUGGUGGCGAUUCCCCCUACCAAUCCGCCGACUGGGAUGACAGGAAGGUCCGGCACACCUUCAUUCGCAAGGUCUAUGCCAUCAUCUCACUGCAGCUGCUGGUGACAGUGGGGAUCAUCGCUGUCUUCACCUUUGUCUCCCCUGUCCGCUCCUUCGUCCAGAGGAAUGUGGCCAUCUACUACGCCUCGUAUGCUGUGUUCCUGGUGACCUACCUGAUGCUGGCCUGCUGCCAGGGUCUCCGGAGACGCUUUCCCUGGAACAUCAUCCUGCUGAGCAUCUUUACGCUGGCCAUGGGGCUGAUGACAGGGACGAUUGCCAGCAUGUACCGGACCAAUGCUGUCCUGAUUGCCAUGCUCAUCACUGCCAUCGUGGCCAUUAUUGUCACCAUCUUCUGCUUCCAGACCAAGGUUGAUUUUACAUCGUGUCCAGGGCUCUUCUGUGUGCUGGGCAUCGUGGUCAUGGUGACUGGGAUUGUCACUGCCAUUGUCCUCUCCUUCAAAUAUGUCCCCUGGCUCCACAUGCUGUAUGCAGCCAUUGGUGCAAUCGCCUUCACCCUGUUCCUUGCCUAUGACACCCAACUUGUGCUGGGAAACAGGAAGAACACGCUGAGCCCCGAGGAGUAUAUCUAUGGUGCUCUCACCAUCUACACUGACAUCAUCUACAUCUUCACCUUCAUCCUGCAGAUUGUGGGCAGGGAUUAACACUGCGCCCCUCCCACUGCCCCCUUCUCUUUGUACAGGAUAUGGCCCCUUAAGUGACUCCUAACACUUCGGCAUUUCUUAGGCUGCUAAGCAAAGGGCUUCCCUUGAUCACCACGCCCCCUUCAAAGCUUCCAAGAGCAGCGUGGGAACUGUCUGCCAGGGUUUAGGCAGUGCCUGACCUCCACACCACUUGCCAAGCCCAUGACCACAGUGCUGGGCUGGAGGUGGGAGCAGCACAGUCCUGCCUGGGUGCUGGGAGCUGGCAGUGGCCACUGGGAUCAUGUUGGAAUGUUUCUGGUAGAGCCCAUUUGGCGUCAUUCACUCUGUGCCUUAAACAUAGCUCUGGCUUUGUCUCCCUCCUGGAGCUGUAGUCAUGGGUAGGGGGCAGCUGGGAGCCCUGUGGCAGGACUUAGUGGCACAGCUUAUGUCACAGAGGCCCUGCAGCCACGGAUGUGGUCAAAGUUGCACUUGCUAAAUAAAACACUUUAAUUUUC